UCUGGGAGGCUCUUCUCCUCAUCCCAAUUCACUUCGUCUUCUCACCUUCAAACCGUAGACUCUGCGUUUUUCAUCGAUUCUUCACAAUCAAUUUCGCAAUCAAUCUCUUCUUAAUGGUUUUGUUUCAUCUCCCUCCUUUCCUUCUUCUUUAUAUAUUGUUUUCUCCUUCGUGUUCGAAUCAAAACCCUAGAAACUCGAUCGAUGGCGAUGAAACCGCAUGGGAAGUCUAUUGUCUCCUCCGAUUACGACGAAAAAGUCCUCUUCCUCAAAGAUCUCUCGCUCGGUCCCCACGAAGCUCAGUUGCGGUUUCGGCUCAUCCAUUUCUGGGAGGUUUGGAACCCGCUAAAGAAGACGCUUAUUGGCAUGGAGAUGCUACUCAUCGACGAACAGGGAACUGUUAUUCAAGGAUUCAUUUCGCCAGGGAGAAUUGAAAUAUAUUUGCCAAAGAUGAAGCGAGGAUCUGUUUACAAACUCGACAACUUCUACGGUUCCAGAAACAAGUCGGUGUUUCGGGUUGCUGAUCAUACCGUUACUGUGUCGUUCUCAUGGAACUCGGAGUUGACGGUUCUUCUAGACUGUCCCAGUCAGUUUGAUGAGGACCGUUUCCGGUUUCUUUCAUAUGAAGAGUUUCAAGCUAACUGCGAUCUCAAAGGAGACCUCUACGAUGUUGUUGGCCACAUGAAGUUGGUUAAUGGUCAGAGUAUCCUUGAGGCCCCAGUUCUUGACGAAGUGGAGAUAGCAAAGGCGAGGCGUGUUCUGAUUCAUGUCCAAUCACAUGAUGGCCCGGUCAUGAAGCUAUCUAUACCUUUGGGAUUAGGCUGCGAGAGAGUUCUGCAAAAAGUUCAAGUCGUACGAGGGCACACCCACUGUGUUACUGGUCACGACCGUAAACACAAAGACUCUCGGAGGUACUCUUGCUUUGACUUCAAUGUCCUCUUCGCGUGUUUAUGGACUACGAUGUCCAGCCUACCAUAGAUUACUUCAGUUGGUUGGGAUCUAAUCCAGAUAUUGCUGAGCAGGUUAACGCAGAGGUCGUCACCAAACGUGAGACAAUGACUAUAGGAGAGAUAUUCUCCUAUAUCGAGCAGGAAUCCGCAAAGGACGCCUUCUUCGAGUGCACGGCUACGAUCGACGACGUCGUGCAUGGUUCUUCUUGGUACUACAUUGCCUGCAGUGGGUGCCAUAGUAAGGUUAGCAAAGGUCCAACUUCGUUGCUCUGCACAAACAAGAAGUGUGGAAAGGUUAACGUAUCUGGUGUUCCACAGUACCUGUCAAAGAUAUCCGUUUAUGACAACAGUGACCAAGCUGUUUUUGUGCUACUUGGAGAUGCUGGUCGUGAGCUGACUGGGAAGCCAGCGUCAGAGUUAGUCAGAAGCUAUUUUGAGCUAAUGGGAACGAAGGAGUUAACCUUGAGGCGCCUAUUCCAGAAGCUCUAAUCAGUACCAUCGGUCAGAAGCAUAAGUUUUGUGUCAAAGUUACAGAGCAUAACUUAUCGGGUAAGACUCGAUCUCUUACCGUGACCAAGAUCCUCUCUCUAGACACUCCACCAGCCACAGCGUCUUCAGAAUUUAACCAUACUACUGCGACGUCUGAGGAGACAUCCCAAAACCGUGUGGAUUCAGCAGAUGGGAGUAAGGGCGCCUGUUGCAGUUCUGAGCUGGAGAGAGCUAAACGUCGUAAGUGUGGGAACUAGAGUUCUCGUGACACUUCUCAAAGAUUGCAACUCCUAUUCAGUUUACGUGUUUGUCUCAUUUACAAUUGCAUGCAUGUUUUUUCAUUUUGUCUUUUGAAUUAUGAGAGUUUUUUCCUUGACUAUGGUUUUCUCUCAUUUUGAAUUUUCAGAGUUUUUUUUGAGUUAUUUGAUAUCAAAUAUCAGUGUUU